CGAGCGAGCGAGCGAACGAUUGAUUUCUUUGCAGAUUCCGAGAAUUUAUCCCAAACGAAUCCGGCCAUCAUCCCCCUCUCCCUUUAAAUCCACCUCCCUCCCAGCUUCGUCUCCUGCCACCGUGGAGCACUCGAUCUCCAAGCUCAUCUAGCUCUUCUUGCUUCAGCUUCUUCCUCUCUCUCACAGUUCAUCACACUUGGCUUUUUGAGUCAGGUGCUUGUUCUUCCUGCUGUUCUUGCCUUGGCAUAUGCAGGACCAGCUGAUCUGCAGCGGCUGCAGGCGCGUCGUCCAGUACAGGAGAGGGGUCGCCGGCGUCUGCUGCCCGGGCUGCAACACGCUCACCGCCGUCAACCCGUCAGCGGUGGCCGACAUGUCGGAGCUCAUCUGCAGCGGCUGCCCCACGCUGCUGUUCUACAACCGCGGCGCCUCCAACAUCCGCUGCCCCAGCUGCAACAGGCUCAACUCCACCAGAUCAGCCAACCAGAUUGCACACCUGACAUGCGGGCAGUGCCGGACGACUCUGAUGCACCCACCUGGAGCCUCAACUGUGCAGUGUGCAACCUGCAGAUAUGUUAACCAUGUCAGGGAUGCUCGGCCUCAAACUGUCCUUGUAGAGAAUCCUAAGACACUGGAUGAUAAGGGCAAGCUGGUGAGCAAUGUGGUUGUUGGUGUCACCUCAUGGAAAAGAUGAUGAACAGGGGCUCAUCUAGGGUUUAAUCCCAAGGGUCUAUGGAUGAUUGAUACCCUUGGUGGAUUUGUAUCAUUACUACAAAGCUAUUGUUAAAUCAAGUGUGUUUUGAAGCUUGAUAUAAACAAGAGAAAAACAAUAGGGCAAAAAAUGAAGAAAAAAAUAUAUCCGAAAUGUGCCAUGUUUGUGCUUCUUUUGUGAGAAAAAAAAAUGUAAAUAUGCUGGCUAUGGUGCUAGCCUAUGUGCUUUUUAGCAAAAAGGAAUGGAAAUGAGAUGAGCAGCAUUGUGUCCUGGAA